GCUGUGUCUAUGGAUGCAACGCGUAUCGUAGAAAACGAGUCGAGUAAUCGUCAAUGGAAUUCAGACGUUUAAGUUCAAAUUUGUUCACGAAACUCGAUUUUAGAUGAUCUUCUCCGAUUGGGAAUCUUUAAUCAAUCGUAAAGCUCGUCAAUGCACUUGUUCAUUGAUGAACUCCGUCAAUGGACGUCAGUGACAUGAGGAAUGUACCCAAUGCAGUAAUGCUGCAAAAUAUAGGAUUUCCUAAAUUAAAGCAAGAGAUGAAUUAUCGCGUGCGAUUUAUUAUAUAUAGAAACCAUAUGAUUUUCGAUGAUGUCACCAUCAAGUCACACAGUGUAUUUAGAGAUGCGGGACACAGUGAACAAUUCACACAAUUUAUAGAGGAUGACGAGAUUUGUAUAUGUAGAUUCGCAAAGCCAGUUUGUCUGUGCGAAAAGGGACUCAAUUCCUAUCUCGUCUCGGCUUAUAUUGCGAUGCUGUCAAAGUCAUCUGUCUAUCGUAAGAGUGCCAUGGGAGUGUUAGGACAUUUUCAAUCGGCAUGCGACAGGUCGUCUGAUGUGGAACAUUCGCAGCUAUUACUCGUAAGACUGCGAACACCAAGAAAGCAAUUCCUGGAUUACAAAUGGAGCGAAAAACUAAUGCAAAUGGUUGUAGAGAAGCAAGAAACUGAUCACGCUAUGUCCUGGCUGUCCACGCUCGGAGGAGCGUUUUCUGCAUUGGGGGAAGAAUUUCAACACUGUGCUAAAAUGGCAGGCAAAAUCUCGGUGAAGCAGUUUGAAUUGGCAAUGCGCCUCGACAAUCCUCUCCUUGUUGCCCGUUGCAGGCUGUAUGCUGCUUUGAGUUUAAUUCAACGUGGCCACUUUGCUACACCAAAGUACAUGAUACAGAGAAUUUACGAAUUUGCGCUUAUAGAAAAGGACGUUCGUCUGCAGAACAUGUGUCGGGGUGUGUGGGCCAAGUUGCAAUAUAAUUACAAGCAAUACAGACAGCAAAAGAGGUUCCUGAAAUUAAAAACUUUACAUAUAUCUUCGGAAGUUUAGGAAAUCUUUCUGCAUUUUUGUAUAAACAAAAUGUUGAUAAUAUAUUAUUUUACAAACAUA